GGCGCGAAAUUUCGUAUAAUGAAUAAACUAGGCAGUGGAUCUUUUGGAGACGUAUACCUUGGAUUAAAUACUGAAAAUGGGGAGCAAGUUGCAGUUAAGUUCGAACCUUUUACUCUCAAUCGCUCGCAACUUUUGAUUGAGUCUCACAAGUAUGUGGUUUAUAAUACCUUACAAGGAGGAUAUGGUAUUCCCAAAAUUAUAUGUUUCGGAAAAUAUAAAGAAUAUAAUGCUUUAGUCAUGAACUUACUCAGUCCGAGCCUCAAUGAUCUAUUUUAUUAUUGCGGAAGAAGAUUUAGUAUUAAAACUGUGUUGCUAUUAGCCGAUCAAUUAAUUAGCCGUCUUCAGUACAUCCACUCGAAGAAUAUUAUUCACAGAGACAUCAAACCCGAAAAUUUUCUGAUGGGUCUAAAUCGAUUCAGUAAAAGAGUAUUUGUCACCGAUUUUGGGUUAUCUAAAAUGUAUAAAUUCGAUGACAAACAUAUCGAGUAUAAAGAAGGUAAAAAUUCAAUAGGAACAGUUCGUUACGUUAGCCUAAAUGUUCAUUCAGGAAUUGAACAAAGUCGACGCCGCGAUAAUAUGGAAUCUUUGGGCUAUGUCUUAAUAUAUUUCAUUCGAGGAUUUCUUCCUUGGGAUGGAUUAGUUGCUGCAACUAACAAACAAAUGAACGAAAGAAUCUUCGAAAAGAAAGCAUCUACUUCUAUCGAAACAUUAUGCAGAGGAUUUCCCGAUGAAUUUGCCAAUUAUCUGCGCUAUUGUAGAAGUCUAAAAUUCGAAGAUGCUCCCGAUUAUAGAUAUCUCCGCAGAAAAUUCACAGCUUUGUUCCAUCGCUUGAAUUUCAAGUACGACUUUUUCUAUGAUUUUACGGUUAUACCUCUCAAAGUAAAACAGCUAUGCAUAAACGAAGGAUGCGGGACACUUAUCCGUGAUUGGAGAAUUGCCUUACCGAAACUAUGA